UCUUUUACAGCUCUUACCCUUUCCCUUCUUAACUCUCCGUCUCUCCGUCUCAGUCGUUCUAUACUCCUUCUCUCUCACUCUCUGUCUAUAUGUCUUUCCUAUUAGUCGCCCCCGCUUUUUCUUCCCCACAUUGACACCCACCACCACCACCACCACCACCGCCACCAUCAAUAUCAACAACAACAUCAACAUCCCAACAGUUGUCCAUUAUGGCCGUAAAAUUGAGACAGGAAGAAGAACUGAAAGUAAAGAAGUUCAUUGAAGAGGUCAACUACUACUACAUCCAAAAUGGCAAACAGCCAUUGCCCUGGAAGACAGCAGUCAAGUUUCUUAUGGCCCGCAAGUUUGACAUCCGCAGAGCAUUAGACUUAUACAGAUGUCAUCAGUUAACUAGAGAAGGUGAAGACUUGCUCUAUCUCGACAUUAACGACAAAUUCCUGCAAGAAGAAUUACAGACAGAGAAGUUCACAAUAUUGGGUGGCCGUGAUAGUGGUGGAGCUGCCAUAGCCCUUUUCACUGCACGAUAUCACUUUCCUACCCUCACUUCUCACCAGAAUGUUCUCAAGGCGCUAAUUUAUCAGUUGGAUGCUGCUUUAGAAAGUUUUGAAACCCAAAAACAUGGCCUGGUCUUUAUUUAUGACAUGACUGAUUCUAAAUAUGGCAACUUCGAUUACAAUCUCAGUAUCAAGAUUCUUAAUAUGUUAAAGGGUGCAUAUCCAGCUCGAUUAAAAAAAGUGUUGAUUGUUGCAGCUCCUCUUUGGUUUAAAGCUUCUUUUAGAAUUCUACAACUUUUUUUACGAGAAAAACUACGUGAUCGGGUCUUUACAGUGGCUGUAUCUGAGUUGCCUUUCCAUAUUCCUUGCGAGUCCCUCCCAAAGCAACUGGGAGGCCAUCUAGUGCCUAAUCACAACACUUGGCUGAAGCUUUGUUUCUUGGUGGCCACCAAUCAAGAUCCCGACAUGUCCUUUUACUUCAACAACCAGUCAUUGCAGCAAGUGAGUGAGUCGAAGGAAGCGAUGCAGUCGAGCGAUUCUGCUGAAACCGAGACAAACAUCUUCGCCAGUGAUUUUGACUCCUCAGAAGAAACAUCACGAGAAACGGUCAGCGAGAAGUACAACGAGGAAGCGAAAGAGAAGGAAGGUGAAGAGCAACGAAUUCGGUCAGAAAAGGAAGUAAUUGUGGAGAAGGAAACGCCAGUGGUGAUCCAGAGGGUGCACUCGGCCGACACCCGAUCUGCAGCGGCAGCUGAUACACGAAAGCGGUCAUCCAAUACAUUUUCGCCUGUCGAUGAAAACCAGUCUCCAAUUACUGACCCUAGUCAUCCGUGCAAGCGUCGGCCCGUCUCCCUUGAUUCACAGACCUACGAAGAAAGUUUACACAUGGCAGAUGACAGCGGAAUUGACAUAGAAACCCUUGCUGACCAUGUGAGAAAGUUGAGGAAGAAGGGUCUACGCCAGGAAUACCUUAACAUUAGAUCAGAAUCUCCAACUGGCACCUUUUACGUUUCAAAAGCAAAAUGCAAUCUCCCCAAGAACCGUUACCUCGAUGUGUUGUGUUACGACCAUUCCAGAGUUGUGAUAUCAAUGGUGGAUGGAGACCCGAGUUCAGAUUACAUCAAUGCAAAUUUUGUGGAUGGUUACAAGCAGAAGAAUGCUUAUAUAACCACACAAGGUUGUUUAUCAAGAACCACUGGUGAUUUCUGGAGAAUGGUCUGGGAACAGAAGUGCCUUGUUAUUGUGAUGCUAACCAGAAUAAUGGAAAGAAAUCGAUUGAAGUGUGAACAGUAUUGGCCGUUGGAGACCGACACAUACGAGACAUACGACCAUUUUGUUGUACAUAACAGCUGUGUGAAGCAGUGCUCUGAUUACCAGGUGUCUACGUUGGUUCUGAAAAACAAUAAGACAGGAGAGGAGAGAGUUAUACAACACAUGCAGUUCAUCAGAUGGCCAGAUUACGGAGUUCCACACAAAGCAGAAGCAUUUCUUCAGUUCUUAUCGAAAGUACGGACACUUCAGGCUGAAGCUGUGCAAGACUUGGGCGAUUCUUGGCAUGGUCAUCCACUCGGUCCACCUAUUGUGGUUCAUUGUAGUGCUGGUAUAGGGCGUACAGGUACUUUAAUCACAAUUGACAUCAACAUCCAAAGACUGGAAGACAUUGGAACUGUCAACAUCCACCAGACUGUUCGCAAGAUCCGUUCGCAGAGGGCAUUCAGCAUCCAGGUCCCUGACCAAUACGUCUUUUGUCAUCUGGCCCUCAUAGAAAAUGCGGUCAAUGUUGGACAGUUACAGAACAAAUGGCUGAACCUU